AUGGGUGAGGAGAAGAAAGAAGAAGCAAGCAAAGAGGAGAAGAAAGAAGAAGCAAGCAAAGACGAGAAGAAAGAAGAAGGAAACAAAGAUGAAGAGCCUCCUCAAGAAAUUGUGCUCAAGGUCGACAUGCAUUGUGAGGCUUGUGCAAGAAAAGUUGCUAAAUCCUUGAAAGGAUUUCAAGGAGUGGAGGAUGUAACGGCGGAUUACAAGGCCAGUAAAGUUGUAGUGAAAGGCAAAACUGCAGACCCUUUAAAAGUGUGCGAGAGAAUUCAAAAGAAAAGUGGCCGAAAAGUCGAAAUCAUUUCACCAUUGCCAAAGCCACCCGAGGCCGAGGAGGUUAAGGAAGAAACUAAAGAGGAGCCCAAAGAAGAAAAGAAAGAAGAGCCUCCUGCUGUUGUAACAGUUGUGUUGAAAGUUCGAAUGCAUUGUGAAGCUUGUGCUCAAGUACUGCAGAAGAGAAUUGGAAAAGUUAAAGGUGUAGAAUCUGUGACAACUGAUCUUGCAAACGAUCACGUAAUUGUGAAAGGAGUUCUUGAUCCCGAUAAGCUUGUGAACGACGUGUACAAGAAAACCCGUAAGCAAGCAUCAAUAGUGAAGGACGAAGAAAAGAAGGAAGAAAAGAAGGAAGGAGAGGAGAAAGUCGAGGAGAAAAAGGAAGAAAAACAAGAAGAAAAGAAAGAAGGGGAAGAAUCUAAGGAAGAAGAAGAUACGAAAACUGACAUCAAGAAAAGCGAAUACUGGCCUCCUCCUAAGUACUAUAUGGACUACGCGUACCCGCCUCAAAUGUUCAGUGAUGACAAUCCACAUGCUUGCUCUGUUAUGUAA